AUGGCCUCCACGAGGAGCACGACGGUGGUGCCGGAGCUGUCCCUGCCCUCCGGAAACGCGAGGCCGGUGCCGGUGAUUGGCCUGGGCACAGCGGCGAUAUUCCUCCCGCCGGAGGCCACCAAGAACGUGGUGCUUGCGGCCAUCGAGCUGGGUUUCCGCCACUUCGACACCGCCUACUUCUACGGGACAGAGAAGCCCCUCGGCGAGGGCGUCGCGGAGGCGGUGCGGCGCGGGCUCAUCAAGUCCCGGGAGGAGGUGUUCGUCACGUCCAAGCUGUGGUGCACGCAGUGCCACCCGGACCUCGUCCUCCCCUCCCUCCGGGAGACCUUGGAGUAA